AUGAAUGAAUCAUUGGUUGAUUUAUCGGAAAAUCAAAUUAAUAGCCAAAUUGUCGAGUUUUAUAGAAACCUACAGGAAAAUGAUGAAUACCCUACAGGGAAAAAGAUCUUCAAGGUGUUUGUUGAAAGAACAUCAAUUAAAUUACAGGUCAAUAAUAUCCUAGAAUCCAAUCAUGAUGAAGUGUCAAAUCUAAAAAGGAAGCGUGAGGAUGUUCAGGACGAUAGGAACCAUGGAAACACAAUUUUCAUUCGAUGGAAGGACAUAAAGGUGGCCGACUACACACAUUCAAUAGAAAUGAAACAGAAUGAAGAAAAAAACAAUCACGAAGACAUUAAACAAGAUUAAUAAAGAAAAAUUAAAAAAAAUAGUAA